UUCCGCCUGAACGGCUCCUUCCGUGUUUCGUGCAGCCACAGCGCCGUGACUGCGGUGUUGCUGUGCUUUCAGGUUCCUCUUUAUUCCAGUAUACAGACCCUCGGUCCGACAUGAUGCACAGUACCGCCGCUGGCGGAGUUAGGUGCUCCUCAACGCUUGGGACACGGGCCUCGCAGCCUGGCCAGGACUUGUAGAGAGCCGCAGGCGGACCGCGGAGCCGCUGUCACUGGGGGAGGCGACAGCCCGCCUCGCGCUCCGGGCUCUUUAAACUGAGGCCCAGGCUGCGCUAAACGGGCCUGAGACGCAUUUCUUGGCUGGAGAUCCCGAAACCAGCUACCGAAAUAUGAGAUAGAACCAAUUCUAGUUCCUUAUGAUGUGGUUCGUGAAUCUUCGAUAUGGAGUGGGGGGCCUGUCCGAUCUAACAGCGGAUCCUUAAGCGGUCCUGAUACGAGAGGCCGCCGGAUGCACAGCUUUCUGCUUACCGCGGGAGAUAAAGUCACUGCUGGCUGCGGGGCGAACGCAUAAUCCACGUGUAGCACUCCGCUGACCGAAGUUUAUCGCCACGGGGGCGCCGGCAUCGUGCUUUUUAUUACACUGGAGUGGAGACAGCGUAUCCCGAGGGGACGCUGUUCACAGUGACACCGCCUGCUAGGGUGGUCGUGCCCCUGCCCGGGCCGCCUGUAGGGUUCCGCGGCUGAUUGAAAGAAGCGGUGACGAGCGGAACCUAUCGGUUAUUCUGACAGAGGUGGUUAAAUAUGACUGAUAAAUAAGCGUGAUCGGGGUGUUGACGUUAUUAUUCACGGGCAGAGCGAGCCUAGCCACCAUGCAGGCGAACUUCGGCUAAAGGAAAAGCCAGCGGGGGUCCGCGAUGGCCGGUCGAGCGGGGCUGCACAAGCCAUCCGCCACCUAAGCGCCGUGUUUUCGCCAAACACGCCGCUCCGCUGCCUCACAGCCUGAGGGUGGCCUUUCGGGUGAAUAGGCCGCUUCUGCUUCCCUAUCCCGAUCGGCCGCAUGCCGAUGCCUGGGUUCUUCCAAGGCCGGACAAGGGGACUUGCAAGCUCCUUUUGAUCAGAUCUGGUCGCUUUUUGAGAUUAGACAGGGGCGCCCCACUAUAGCGGACCCGUACCCGGCAGUCCCGGGAAGCGGAUAAGGCGGACGGUCCUCCGAGCGCCCCGUUAGAGCGCUUGGUAAGUGGAUGUUAGUGGCGCCCUGGUGUAUGCGCUGAUAUGGACGGGCCAGGCCCCAGGCAGAGCCGGCGCACCCGCUCCCAGCGCGACAGGGAGCGCCUGCGAAGGAGGGCCGAGUCGCAGCGCAGGGCGUCGUCCGCGUCCUCCGACUCCGAGCGGCCAGCAGCCGCCGAGGACGGAACCGGGGCGACUGUCCGCCUGGAUUGCGGUGCCGAAUCUUUGUGCGGACGGCGCAGGCCGCCCCGCCGGCGGAAGAGAGAGUCGGCGUCCAGGGAGGAGGACAUCAUCGAUGGGUUCGCCAUCGCCAGCUUCGUCAGCCUGGAGGCCUUGGAGACGGACUGUCCGCUCAAGACUCCGGCGCAUGUGGCAUUCCUGAGAUGCAGGGGGACCAAGAGACGGAGGAACCACGGGGACAGCGAGGGCCACCUGGAUCGGGAGUCUGACCAGCAUGGCUAUCCCACUGGCUACCAGGAGAGGCGCCGCAAACGUGGCAGGAAGCCAGAGACCGUCGGGAGCUUCUUGCUGGAGACUGGUUACAUAUGUGACGCAGAGAGUGACUCUGGUGAUAAGAUGUCAGAAAAUGACAUGGAUCCAAUAUUCAUUGUCAGCACUAGAAAAGAGCCUGCCCCCCUGAUGAUGGCUACCUCUGUGAGGAGCGGCCCCUCCCCGCCCUCUAUGCUGCGCUGUCACCCCUGGCUUUCGGUGACGCCGCGCGUUUCGGGCCUCCAGCGCAGUCAGGAGAAGAGUGUGGACCUCUCAGCCUCGGAGCCCCUGGCCACGGCGGCCGCCUCGCUCUUCCUCCCCAAGGGCGUCCCCACGCGACACGGUGCCGGCCCCUCGCCAAAACUGAAAGACUUCCUGAUGUUGCCUGAGCACCGGGCCGCCCCCUCUGGCCUGGACUUCAGCAGCAGGAGCAGCACUGUGGCCAAGCCCCCCUCCUCCUCCGCCUCUUCCUCCUCUGUGUGCCCCCCCACGCCUACGGCGAGCGUGGCUGCCAGCCUCUCGGGGGCACUGCCGUCUCGCUCACAUUCCAGCUCAGGGACUCACUACAGGUCAUCCCCCGGCCUGCCUCCACUGCCCCCCCUCCAGCAGGGGGUCUCUCAGCCACCCACAGGCUCCAGCGCUGGUGCUUUCACAGGGCCCAAUUUGCUGUCCCAGGAACUGCGCUCUCAUUUCCUUACAUCAAAGUGUACGGGGGCCGAGGCGGGGGCACCCACUGCGGACACGCAAACCAACGGGGGCCCUUCGUCCUCAGGCCCCAGCGAGGCUUCUGGCCGCCGCUCGGCCCCCACCAGCGCCCAGGCUGCCGUCCCACCACUGGCGUUCCAGUUCCACCAGCACAACCAUCAGCACCAGCACACUCACACGCACCAACACUUCACGCCGUUCCUGCCGCCUCCAACCACCGCCGGUCCACUGUUUGACAAGUGCAAGAUGGAGGGACUUUACAGGCACCCCUUUUUCCCUCAGUACCCUCCCACAGUUCCUGGGAUUCCCCCUGUGCUGCCCUCUACUGGACCAUUCAGUUCCCUGCAAGGAGCUUUUCAACCAAAGGGCACCAGCCCAGAGAUGUCGCCUCGUCUCGGACCUGUAGCUCAUCUGCAACCCAAAGACCCUAAACUGAGUGACCCAUUCAAGAUGUCCUCAAGAGUUAGUAACAAACCCGGGAAAUGGUGUGCGAUGCAUGUCCGUGUGGCCUGGAUGAUUUUCAGACACCAGGAGAAAGUCAAGGCGGAUCCUCGGAAGCUGGAUUUCCGUAGCGACAUGCUUUCCCGUCUGCCUGGCUCUGGGCACGGACCUCUAGGAGCGGUCCACCCAUCCUCUUCUUCAUUUGUUCCUCCUCUAACUCCUCACUCUUCUUUCCUCACCCCCCCAGGUCACUUUGAUGCCUUUGGCCGCCUACUUCCUUAUGCCUCCCUGGGAUCUCUGGGUACCGGUGCCUUCGGUGGGCUGGGCAGCACGGCGCUGGUGCCCAGCUCGUUCGGUCCUAAGGACAGCCCCGGAAGGUCCGUGGGGGGGAUAGCCGGCUGCCACGACUCCUGGAAGCGCCUACACCGCACCUCUGCCUUCUCCACAGCCCCCACCUGGACCCCGGCUGCCGACAAAAGGGAGGAGCGAGAGCCGGCUAAGGAGAAGGAGGUCAUCCACAUCAAAGACGAGAAGGACCGUGACUGCCUUGCAUAUGGUCGCCGCCCUGGCCUGGAGUCCCCAGCCAUGGCCCCCGUCAGGCCCCGCGGCAGCACCCCCGUGUCCCAACGUGACCGCGAGGGGCCCCAGCCCGACACUGAAGCCCCACCCCGGGAGGGCCCCCCAACAGCGCACAGCCGUGACAGAGAGCGGGACAGCAAGCCGACCCCCUCUCUGUCCUCCAGGUCGCACCUCGUGCCGGAGAGACCCUGCUCCUCUUCCUCCUCGGCACCCCCCACCCCUGCACCCUCCCUCAGCCUGGCUUCUUCUCCUCUGGACCUGUACCCCUGUCGGCAUACCCCCCAGGGAACCAAAUCUCAGGCGGAAGCCUCCCGCCCCCCCCAGAAGGAGAGCUUCCCACUUUGUGCUCCUACCUCCCUGCUGUCCCAGGACAAAAAGGCCGACCCCAGGCCCUCCCAGAAUCGGCCGUCCCCCCACCUGCUGGCCCCCAUCAAGGUCAAGGAGGAGCGCAGAGACGAGCCGGAGCCGAGUGGCCUGUCCCUGCUGCCCCCGCACCCUGGGGGCCCAGCCCCCCUCUGCCUGGGCCCGGCGCCUGGCCUGCCCACGCACCACUCGCUCUCGCUGUCCCUGACUCCGCGUGCAGCCGGUAUGGUGAUGGGAUCGCCAGCAGAGCGCUAUACCUCCUACCCCCACGUCCUGCCACAGAGCCACUCGUGGGACCCCUGGAGGGAGCAGCAGCGUGAGGCUCUCGCCCUGCGUCCCGAUGCCACGCUGGCCCGGCUGUUCCAGCAGCAUCAGGCCCAGAGGUUCUAUGAGGCAGAGCGGGUCACAAACCCUCACCACCCGCCUGGCUCCAGCCCCCUGCCCCCACCAACGUCAGCACGCCAGGACUUCGGACUUCCGCACCACGCCCAUCCGGAACACGGCCCCCAGUCCAUGGGGGGCACUGGCGGCGGCCUUCUGGACACUGAGCAGCGAGCGCACAUUUUGCGGGAGGACUUUGAGAGGGCGAGAUAUGGGAUGCAUCCUCACACGCUGCUGGCUACCCCUCACCUGGCCACCCCCCCGCACCACCACCUGGAACCGCUCUAUGGCAGCCUGCUGUCCCACCCACAUCAGCCUGGGGCCACAGGCCCCCAUCACCACACCAGCCUCUACUCCCGCCUGGGCCACCUGGCUUCCCACCCUCGGCACGUGGCUAAUGGCCUGAUCUCCAAGGCUACCUCUGGACUGAUGGGCUCGUUGUCGAUCGGGGCACCACCGCCCCUCAUCCCAUCCGUAACCCCCAGCAGGGCCUCGGUGUCUCCUCGCAGCUCCCGCUUUGCACCUCCCCCUGAACUGGUGCUGUACAGUACACACAAAGACAGGGAAUCUAGAUAGUGCAGGGUGCCCCCCCUUGUGGUCACCUGAGAGUAGUGUGAUGAUUUUAUUUCAUGCUGUUCUGAAGCUGUGCUGUUACCCUCCUUAAAACUGAUAGCAAAUCUGUUACUAAAUGGCGUAAAAAUGUACGUGUGGGUCACAGGUCGGGGACGAGAGACACUGCCUUAGCUACAGUAAAGCUAAGGGGACAAACAUUACAUGUAAACUUUAAACAAAUUGGAAUUAAGCUGAUCAUUGUGAUGGUACAUGUAAUAAGGUAUAAUGGAGGUUUGACUGGUGCUUUAGCCUGGACCCCUCAUAUUGAAUGAACUUUUUAAUUCUUGAGUAGAACGUUUCAGACUCUGAACAAGGUCUGUAGGCUCUGUUUAUGGUUGGCAUUAGUGAUUAUUUUGAAGCGCUUGGUGGGAUUACCAUGCACUGUCCAUUCUGCCUGGAUUUAAACGACGGGAAGUAAACACUCCCCUAUCCACUCUCCCCUAUCAUGGGUUUCCAAGUCUCAUUUUGUCCCAUAACUAGCUACCAUCAUAAAUUUUCUUUUGGUGUUACAUGAAAUGUAGCCCCCGCAUUCCCCGAGAUGGUAGGAUGCUGAUGCAUGCUUGUUCUUCCUCUUCCAGUUGUGGACGUUUCUGUAGCCUAAAAGCCGAAAUACCACAGACCCCUUACUGAACAUUAAAUCGGCCGCAGGAAGAAUAUAUAGUGUCUCUGUCCUCAAAGUGAGGAAGUAUCACUCAAGUAAGGCUUAAGUUGAUAAACCUGCCUGCAUAUAGAGCCCUUUUGGUUAAAUUACAUGCUUGUGCACUUGUAACUCACUGACAAAAUAUCUAUGACAGUCGAGCAACUUUGCAUAAUUUUACUUUAAUAAUGACCAACCUCCUUUAACCCCACGGAGCUAAGAGAAUAAAUGAUUCACUGUAAUACUGUAAGGGGGAACCUAAAGCUGAUUAUUUUUGUUAAUAUAUAUUUUUUAUAUAUAGGCAAAAGCGCUCCUUCUUUUGAAGGGAAUCAGAAGUGAGUGAUCAAUGCUGGUUUAGGUGAGAAGGUGACGCUGCAGCUUGGGUUUAGGAGUCUUUAUUUCCAAACUAUAGAAGGUGACGUUCAUCACAACACGCAUGUGGAAAGGAAAUGCAGGAGUCAUGCCCUAAGACCACCGGCCUAUAGUGCUUCAAAAAAGCUCUAUGGAAAAGUUUAUAAUUUAUAGGUAAUUUAUACAUUGAGGUAUGACGUGAUGGGGGCUGACAUGGACGGAAACAGCUGGAAGUCAUGUAUAGGACAAAAUAGUCAUUUGAAUAAAACUAUUUUGUAAUAUUUUAAACCUUUUCUUUCCUCUGAAAAGAACCUCGUAUGCUAACAAAUAAAGAGAUUGUUGAGUA